GGUGGUCGUAUGUGCGGUGGUGGUUUUUAGUCAGGUAGGAGCUCGAGUCUUAUGCUCCCCGCCCACUUCGCCGUCGCCGCUGCUCCUCCUCCUUAUCUCCAGUAGUGGCCGCCUCGUCCAUGGACGAUGUAAGCCGCGAGGGGCUAAGCUGCCUAGGCAGGCAGUCAUGGUCACAUACCGGCGAUAAACGCGUCGCUGAACGCUCUAGAGUCUCCCUAUCUCGCCCUCUUCCCGUCCCUUUUUGCAGGGGGCGUGUUCGCGCGUGAGGGAGUCAGGAGAGAAGCCUUCCUUGUUUUCUUUUGCCUUCGGAGCGCCGCCAUGUCCAGCUCCUCCUCGCAGACUCCUCCUCACCACCAGCCCCCGCAGCGGAUGCGCCGUGGCGCCGCCGGGUCCCCAACCAGCGGUAACGCCGGGGUUUCGGUCGGUAGUAAUGGGUCUGGCGGCGGAGGAAACGGCGUUGGAAGCGCCCCCGGUGGCGGCGCUGGGACUAGCCGGCUGCUCCAACCGAUCCGCGCCACCGUCCCUUUUCAGCUCCUGAGGGGAAAUCAGCAGAGCCCGACUCGCUUGCCGAUCUCCUUAGCCUCCGUGGGGAGUAAUACCGGCCCUGGAGGGCCGCGAGGCGGAGGGGGAGGAGGCGGGGGGAACGGUGGCAGUCCGCCUCCACCAAACUCUACUUCACCGUUGGCUCUGGCGGCCGCUGCUGCCGGCGCCGCCGUUGUUGCUGCCCCGCCGGGAGCAGGCGGGGCAGUAGAACCGAGCAGGGUGAAGGUAAGGCAGAAGCGCUCGCCUGACAGCAGCAGCAGCACCACCACCGCUACCACCACCACAACCAACGGCGGCAGGCGGAGGAGCAGCUCACCUGAGAGAAGGAGCCCCAGUUCGCCCAUAUAUAAAGUGGACAAGCCAAAAGUCCAGCAAAUUAGAACAUCUAGUACUAUAAGACGGACCUCUUCAUUGGAUACAAUAACAGGACCUUACCUCACAGGACAGUGGCCCCGAGAUCCUCAUAUACAUUAUCCUUCAUGCAUGAAGGACAAAUCUACUCAGACACCUAGCUGUUGGGCAGAAGAGGUAUUAGAAAAGAGGUCACAUCAGCGUUCAGCUUCAUGGGGCAGCGCUGAUCAACUAAAAGAAAUUGCCAAACUGAGACAGCAGCUCCAGCGAAGUAAACAGAGUAGUCGUCACAAUAAAGAAAAGGAACGUCAGUCGCCUCUCCAUGGCAACCAUAUAGCAAUCAAUCAGACUCAGGCUUCUAUCUCAAGAUCAGUACCUAUGCCACUGUCAAAUAUUUCAGUGCCAAAAUCAACAAUCUCACGUGUGCCGUGCAAUGUAGAAGGAAUAAGUCCUGAAUUAGAAAAAGUAUUCAUCAGAGAUAACAGUGGAAAGGAGGAAGUAUCGAAGCCCUUGGAUAUUCCUGAUGGUCGGAGAGCACCCCUACCUGCUCACUAUCGUAGCAGCAGCACAAGAAGCAUUGAUACACAAACACCUUCAGUCCAGGAGCGCAGUAGCAGCUGUAGCAGCCAUUCUCCAUGCAUUUCUCCUAUUUGUCAUCCUGAAUCACAGGAUGGGAGUCCUUGUUCUACAGAAGAAGUGCUUUAUGACCGUGAUAAAGACAGUGGGAGUAGCUCACCGUUGCCCAAGUAUGCCUCCUCUCCUAAGCCCAACAACAGCUACAUGUUCAAACGAGAGCCCCCAGAGGGAUGUGAACGAGUGAAGGUCUUUGAGGAAGUGUCGACUCGUCAGCCUGUCUCAACCCCUCUCUUUUCAUGUCCUGACAAAAAUAAAGUUAAUUUCAUCCCAACUGGAUCAGCUUUCUGUCCUGUAAAACUUUUGGGUCCUUUAUUACCUUCUUCUGAUCUGAUUCUCAAAGGCUGUCCAAACUCUAGUCAAAGCAGCACAUCUUUGAGUACUCUGACUGUGGAUCAGCUUUCUUCUCGGGUUACUUUCUCUUCUCUGUUGGAUGACACCAGCACAAGGGACUCUUCAGAGAUCUUAGUACAACAGCCAUCCCAGCAAUCUCCACAGCUUUUGCAAGAACUGCAACCUGAAGAACACUCCCCUCCUCAAAAUUAUGUUGUAAUCUAGUACAAAAUAGACGGUUGGUGUAAAACAUAAUUGCAUGAGUGGCCACUUUUCCAGGAAAAAAAAAGCUGUUUUUCAGCAUCUUUCUAUAUUUCAAAGCUCUUCUUGGCAGGGAUGGAAAUGCUCUGAUUCAGCAUUUUUGUAUUGUGGGGAGCAAAAUGCUUGCAGAAUCUAUAUAUCAUUAAGCAUUUUAAGUGGAGACUACGCAUUUCAUAGAAUGAUGAGAGUAGUACUGUUUCCUGUGUUUUUCUUUUUAAAAGUCUACAGUAUAAAUAAGCUCUGUAUCAAACAAAGGUUGCCUGUCUAAAUAGAAAAUGUUUUGCUGUGUUGUGUUCUAUAGAAGAUACUGUAUUUCAGGAUUAUGUUUACAAUUUAUCCAGGUAUUUAUGUUUUAAAUUUCUGUGAUACAUACAAUGUAGAAAAAGAUAACCCAAAAGAAAAAUGACCACAACAGUUGCACAGUGCCCACCUGAGGGCAUAGCUUCAGGUAUUUCUCUCAAAGUCUAAACUCAGGUAUCUUGGAAUGUAUAUCAUACUGGGAUAUAAAAUAUUUUACAGCUGAAAAGCUAAAGAGGGAUCAUCACUCUUCUGCCUUUUUAUUGUUUAUGCAUUAAUAGUUCCUCAUUACAUUCCACUUACUUUGAGGAAAAUACAUUCAGAACCAGAGAACUAUUACUUUGGUGAACAUGAGGAAAGCUAGCAAAUUUGUGAUGUACAGCUUCACUUCAUGUCAUUACAAGUAAAACAACUGUUGCAUUUCAUUUCAUUGUGGCAAUUAUGGCAUUGAAAAGCAUCAGGUGUUGCACAGUUAAUGACUGUUAAGCUGUUCUGAAUAAAGUGUUGUUAUAACACUGUACAUAAGCAACAUUCCAUGGUGAGUGUGUGUGUGUGAGAGAGAGGUGAGAGGGUGGAGGGAGAGAAAGAGAGAGAGAUGCCUAACAAAGCCAAGUAUGCUUUUGUUGAUUUCCACAAAUUUGCCAGGUUUGGGAAGUUGAUACGAAUUUUCUCUCAAGCUUGUGCUGGUGAGUUAAGGUUGUGAAAUGCUACAGUUACAAUAUUAAGAGUCUAAUUAAUGUUUAGUUUCUCUUUUGGGGAAAUACUAACUUGUGUCUUCGUUGCUAAAAAAUUCUAAAUUGUUUUGACAUGCAAUGAAUGAUAAAUUAUUUUAUCUAUAAAAUGUGUAUAUCACACCUGGAUUAAGAAAAAUCUCUUAAGCAGCAUAUAACGUAUUUU